AUGGUGGCCUUGUUCCCCAAGAAUCUCACCCUUUUACUUUUCCUAUUCUACCUUCUCAGCCUCAUUGCUGCUGCGACCCAUCGCGCAGACGCUCCGUUUCACCUAUGGCAUCAACGGCGGGCCCUCGCAAAUCAUGCCAGCUCGAGCUACAUUAAUGCAUCGAGGACCCUCAAUGUCUCGAGAAGCGCCCUAGAGCAAGCCCAGAACCUGGUGGCAUCGGCCAUAGCUCAGCAAUCCAAGUACAACGCCUACCGGGUAGCCGACCCAAAACGCAACACCUAUAAGACACGACGAUCCGGGGAGGCCUCGUCCAAGCGAAAAAGGUCCGGCGAACCCAUGGCGCCCGUAUUAGAUGGCAUGUUGAGGACCGCGGCGGCCCUCUUGGCCGAGCACCACGCAUUACAGCAACUAUCCAAUGGAACUCUCCACAAGAGCUACAGCCAGUUGACCAAGAUGCCCAAUGGCCUUACGGGGACCAAACGGGAUACAUCCUCCAGCUACUGGCCGUCGCUGGUGGACCACGGUGUGCCCCCUAUGGGAUGGGACUCGUCCUACCCGGUCUAUCGCGACGUUACGGACCCCCGGUUUGGCGCCAAGGGGGAUGGUGUGACCGACGAUACCGAUGCCAUCAACGCCGCCAUUGCCUAUGGCGGUAGCUGCGAGGAGGGUUGCGAGUCGUCCUCGACCAAGGGCAUCUUUGUCUAUUUCCCUCCCGGCACCUAUCUCAUCUCCUCUCCCAUCGACGCGUCCUACUACUCUCAACUCGUGGGAGAUGCCAACGAUCUUCCAGUCAUCAAGACUUCACCAUCCUUCAUUGGCCUUGGGGCCAUUCAAAGCGAUGUUUAUAUCCCCAAUGACAAUGGGGAUGAGUGGUAUAUAGAGCAGUCGAACUUCUAUCGGCAAGUCCGGAACUUCAUCAUCGACAUCGAGGAGACUACGACAGCCUAUGCGGCUGGACUCCACUGGCAGGUGGCUCAAGCGACCUCGCUGACCAAUGUGUACAUAACGGCUAGUGACGACUCCAAGACCACUCAGAUGGGGAUAUACACUGAGAACGGCAGUGGUGGCUUCAUGUCGGGCUGUGUGAUCAGUGGAGGCCAGUAUGGAAUCUACGGGGGCAAUCAGCAAUACACGGUCCGAGAUUUCUCCAUCGCUAGUCAAACCACGGCCAAUAUUUGUCUGAUCUGGGACUGGGGAUGGACUUGGGCCGGAAUGUAUUUGUCGAGCGCCCCGGUGGGAAUCAGCUUGAUAAACCCGGCGGAUCCCUCAGGCCAGCAGGCAGGGUCAACGUACAUCCUGGAUAGUUUGUUCGAUGAGACUCCCAUUGCUAUCCAGGCCAACUUUGAGCAGUCGAGCAUCUUGAAUACCAGCAUCAUAACCCUGGACAAUGUCGGAGUUAAUGCGGUUGACACCAUCAUUUCUUUCUCGGACGGCAGCAGCCUCGACCUGGCAAAUAGAGACCUAGACUUUGUCAUUAUUGGAAAUGUCAAGGACCAGUCAUCGCAGUCCUUUGGAUCCUAUUCCGUCAGUGUUCAGACCCCACCUGACACUCUUUUGGCCGACCCUCCCGACAUGAUCAUCUACCGGGACAACUACUUCUACAAAAGCCGCCCUCAGUACCAGACCUUGUCAGUAGACGAUAUUGUCAGCGUCACGGACCACGGCGCCACCGGGGAUGGAUCGACGGAUGAUACGGCGGCCAUUGUUGCGGCCUUGGCCCUAGCCACAACGGACAACCUGAUCUAUUUCCCUCCUGGGUCAUACCUCAUCACUGAAACGAUCGUCAUCCCGCCCAACGCGCGCAUCACCGGCCAGGUCUGGUCCCAGCUCGUGGCAUCAGGAGACCACUUCGCCGACAUGACCGAUCCCAAGCCCAUGAUCCAGGUGGGCAACGCCGGAGAUAUGGGUACCGUGGAGAUUAGCGACAUCCUGUUCACAUCCAUUGGGGAACUUCCAGGGUUGAUCCUGGUGGAAUGGAACGUCAAGGCGGAGACCCAGGGCUCCGUGGGUAUAUGGGAUUCCCAUUUUCGGGUUGGGGGCGCCUACGGCUCCAAAUUACAGGUGGCAGAGUGUCCUGCCAGCGCGUCGAUCGAAUCGGCAUGUGUGGCCGCGUCUAUGAUACUGCACAUGACGGAAGGGUCCAACGGUUAUUUCGAGAAUAUGUGGCUGUGGGUGGCCGACCACGACAUUGAUGACCCGGAUAACACCCAAAUAAAUGUGGCCGUGGCCCGGGGCUUUCUCCUCGAGUCGACUUCCGGGCCGACCUGGAUGUACGGCACGGCCUCGGAGCACUCGAUUCUGUAUCAGUACAACUUCGUCAACGCCACCAACACGUUUGCGGGCAUGAUCCAAACUGAGUCGCCCUACUUCCAAGCCACGGACUCAACCGAGUCUCCUGGGCCCUUUAACGCAUCUGUGGGCCUGUUCACGAAUGAUCCCACCUUUCCCGACUCCACCUGCAAUGCGACGGCUGAGUUGUGCGAUAUCGCAUGGGCCGUCAUCAUGAAAGAUAACACCAACCUGACCGUCGCCGGUGCAGGUCUGUAUUCCUGGUACGAUAACUAUAAGGAGGAGUGUGUUGAUACACAGAAUUGUCAACAGCGGUUGGUCCUGGACGCGGGCGAUAACGGGGGCCUCUAUUUCUGGAACUUGAUCACCAUUGGAUCUGUGGAAAUGAUCAGCAACACGGCGGACAACGACAUCAUUCUGGCCAAGGACAACACUCAGGGCCUUAGGCAUCCCUUCUGGAGUGCCCUGGCGGGCUAUCUGGAUGACUACCAGCCACAGAUCCUCUCGUGCCCGGACAACUCCAUCGAUCCCGCGUGCCUUUCGACCUGGAAAUGCGAUUUGAGCCAGACAUACACCACAGUAGACAGUCUCAACGUGGCCGCGUCUGACUACCCGAACCAGUGCAUGCCAUACUACGCCCUGGGCACCCUCUAUUAUACCCUAAACAACACCAUGGCAAAUUACACCUCCACCAACGUGGACUACGACAAGUACUUCGGAUACUACCAGGAAUAUGUCCGGGACAUGGUCCCUGACGCUCUAAACGAAUUCAUGGCGGCCUCCACCCCCAGCCAACCUGAAGGUGGUGCCGGCAACAAGUAUUUCGACUGUACGUGCUCACUCUACGGCCCGACCUCGACCCAGCAGUGCCCGUUCAGAUACAGUCAACUUUUGGGCGCGUUGAUGUUCACCAUGACCUAUACCCUGAAAGACGCGGACGGCUUCUAUAGCGAGCUCGAAUCAACCUACGGCAUCGAUAAGACCUGGGUGAAGUUCGGUGAUACGGGCGGCCCUGUUCACCAGAUCGGCCACUGCCGCCCCGGCGAGUGCUCCUCAGGCACCGACUACCGCUACAUCAACAUCCCCCAGGCCGUCAGUUCCCACAAGAUCGACGUCUCAAACCCCAAGGACAUUAUCACCACCGCUCUGCCCUCUGUUAGAAAGCUAAAGAACAACAUCAUGGCCCGAAGCAUACAACUCAACCUCGGCGGCUGGAAUGGUGCCUCCCAAGACUUACUCGAAACGUUCUCACUCCCCGUCUUUAUGCUCCAGCAGGCCGUCACCUCCAUGGCCAAUGUCAAAGAGAUCGGCAAGAAACAGGCCAAGAAGGACAAGAUCAAACUUAUUCUCGAGAUUCUGGGCAUUGCCUUCGCCUUUGUCCCUUUCCUGGACGACAUCAGCCCCGAACUGGAAAUCCUGGACGGCGUCUUUGAAACCGUCGCUGCUGCGGGGAAUGUUGCUCUUAGCAUUCAGAGUAUCAUUUCUGACCCGGCUUCCGCCCCUAUGGUUCUCUUAGACUUGGUCGCGGGCGGUGGUCUGAGAGAUGACGAGAACUUCGCGAAGGCGGCUGCCGCGCGUCGCGCGCUCACGGCGGAUGACCUUGAGAGUAUUGGAAAGGAUUUCAAGGCUGAAGAUGAUAAGUUUGAGGAUCUGACCAAGAUUACCUGUGAGAUUUAG